AUGGAAAUUUUGGAGGCUGUCUCCGUGUGUUUAUCCAGUAAUAUGAAGAUGGCUGCAGAGGAAGGAGUGGUGAAUGCAUGGGAAGAUGGAUAUCAUGAUUUGGCAUCGCUCUUUCAUGUAAUUAGUCUUGGAGAUAAAAUAAAGUUCUCUUUAUCUCCUUCAAAAUCAAGUGAUCGUUUAUCAACCAAUGUUCCUGGAGUUCCCCUCGAUGAUAGAAAUCUGAUAAUAAAAGCCCUCAAUCUUUUUAGGAAAAAGACAGGGACUGACAACUACUUUUGGAUUCAUCUUGACAAGAAGGUGCCAACUGGGGCAGGACUUGGUGGUGGUAGUAGUAAUGCAGCUACAGCUUUGUGGGCAGCAAAUCAGUUUAGCGGCUGUGUUGCCGCUGAAACGGAACUCCAAGAAUGGUCAGGCGAAAUUGGUUCGGAUAUCCCAUUCUUUUUCUCUCAUGGAGCGGCCUACUGUACGGGUCGAGGUGAGAUUGUUGAAGACAUUCCGAAGCCUCUACCUUUUGACGUUCCAUUGGUUCUCAUAAAGCCUCAAGAGGCAUGUUCCACAGCUGAAGUGUACAAGCGUCUUACCUUGGAUCGAACGAGCAAGGUGGAUCCUUUAACCCUGCUAGAGAAGAUAUCGAGAAGUGGAAUAUCUCAAGAUGUUUGCAUCAAUGAUCUAGAACCUCCUGCUUUUGAAGUACUUCCUUCACUAAAAAGAUUAAAACAGCGCUUAAUUGCCGCAGGCCGAGGACAGUAUGAUGCCGUUUUCAUGUCUGGGAGGUACAUUUCACUGCCAUUUUUGGGUAUCUGAAAAUUCAGUUAUGCU